AUGCCAGGCGUCACAACUACCACUUCGAACAGCGUGAUAUCGCCUAUCACCGGCAAACCCAUAGCACGACACGAAGCCGCUGGCCUAAAAGGCCUAAUUAGAGAGCAAUACCCCAAGUUCUGGGAAGAAGUCAGCAACUGGACCACCGACCACUUCUCCUCAGCCAAAUGGCAUCAAGUUGUGAAAUGCAUAUGGCGUAGGAACCAAGAAGACUACAUGAUGGUCAUAGGUUGGCGUCCGCCACCCAGACCAAUCCACUCCAUCGCCGCUCCCAGAGGACGCCAUGUACUACUUUACAGCUCAUCUUCCUUCACCGCACCGACUGGCGCACAUCCGCUCCGCCCAGCAAAUCUCCCACGCAUCGAGACUGGGUCCCCGACUACACCGCGGCCACGCUGGGACGUCGUAUCUGCAGGCCCCGCAACCCCUCUUUCUGCCACAGCAGCUGGCCCCGUCAAGAACGCUUUCGCUGAAGGAGGGCACUGGGCUUCGCUCACGCCCAAGACGUCAGCGGCUGGGACGCCGACUGCGACGACACCUAUGGCUCUUCAGCUGUGUGCCAGCAGACAUGCGCUACGUCGCUCUUUCAGCGCGGAAAACGACGUCAUCCACCCGUCCAUGGUGAGACCGAGGGAUACGUUGCUAGCUGUUGAACUCACAUUGGAGAGUUACCAGAUGCCUGGUUCGUUGGCGGAUUACAUCGAUGCAGUGUUGCCGAGUAAGCUUGAGGCGUAUGCGGAUGAAGAGGCGGCGGGUGCGCGACAGUACAAUAUCACGAGUGGGGAGAUGCUGGAAGAUAAAGAUGCUUGGUUGGGGUAUGAUGAGCAGACUGGACAGUUCACUACUAUCCUGGAAGCGAGACGCGAUUUGCUCAGGAUGAAUCGGGAGAGGAGGAAGGGGAGGGACGUUGCAGUCGGAGAGGGCGGUGUCAGACUGGCGUGGGUGACAAAGGUUGUCUGCGAUGUUGAAGGAGAAAUGGAGAGACGGAAGGAGCUAGAUGGUGAAGAUAGCGACGACGAAGGCUAUGAUUAUAGCAACUUUGUUAGGAGUCUGACAUACAGCAGUAGCAGGGAAUCGGAACUGGAUAUUUCGCUCGCUCAGCGGUCAUCUAGCAGUCCCAUUAAACCCACAUACAGCCACGAUACGCUACCGCUUCGCAACAGGACUUUUACGCUUUCUAACCUCCUCGCCGGCGCAGCUUCUUCUGACCCGCAUACCCACAGCCAUGCGGACUCCCUCCGUCGCAGCAACACGACGAAUAGAUCUCGCCACAGCCUCAGGAUCGACACUUCUGACCAGUAUACUCCCUAUUCCUACAACCGGCAAAGUCCCCUGAUCAGCCCGCAGGAACGUGGCACCCGUCGCCGAGGUCCCAGUAUGCAGGCUCUAAAUAGCUGGGCUGAUGAAUUGAAGAAGAUGGAGAGGAAGAGGGCGGAGAUGCGACUUGAUGGUGGUCUGGUGGUUGGUAUCAAGGAUGAUGUGUCGGUGGUCGAUGCAAAAGAUAAUGGGUUCGUGAUUAAUGGAUGUAUGCAUCCUGCUUUACGGGGAGGCGGGGAGGGUGAAAGAGAACAAGAGGAAGGGGGGCAGGGCAGAAGGAGUAGAGGGGCUACGGGGAGUAGUACAAAGAGCUGGCGUUGCAAUACUGCCGUGGAGAUCGAACGGAAUAGCCACAAGGAGUACAACAACUCCAUCUACAACUCCAGUUCCAACGACGACGAGGUCCAGGUCCACGACUUCCAGUACGAAGACCACGUUUACGACAAUGACUACCACGGAGAAGAUUACGAUGACGACGACGACGACGACGACGAUGAACACACAACAACACCAACACCCAAGCAUACAGACCAGUCAUCCCACCCCCUCCGCUCCUCAUCUUCACCCACUCACCCACCCAUCAAACGAUCCUCUCUCCAAAAUGCCUUGGCCAAACAACGUCUCUCGCCGCCCCGUCGCCCGCCCCGACCCUCUCCUCUACUCAUCCCACCACCCAAGCCAAUUCCACACCUACCAGUGAGAUACAACAGACACGCCGCAACAUCGUACGAACGACAGGCUUCAAAAACGCGUCGAGAGCCGUGGUUCUUAGAACCGUGGCAGAGUGACGUGGAAGAGGAGAGUGAGAUGGGCGGUGGUGGUGGUCAUGCACAGGUGGUGAUUAGUAAAGCGAUGUUGUUGGAGGAGAGUGCUAUGAGGGCGAGGAGACAUGAACAAAUGUGCACACAGCGAUCGACGAGUAGAGUAGGUCAGAGGAGUAAGAGAGAGGAAGAGGAAAAUGAGUGGGAUGCGGAACUGAGAGCUAUGGAGGGGAGGGGGAAGAAGAGGCAGUUGGAAUUACUCCAUGUGCAUAGGGGAGAAAGAGGAUGAUCUGUUUCUUUGGGGAAAGAGGUGCGAGAAGAAGGUCUGGGAGUUGGUGUUCGGGUAGUAGGUUGGAUCGAGGUUGAGAGGAUUAAUUGGACUGCGUUCUUGGAUAUGCAUGUUCUGAGU